AUGCUUUCGAGAUCGUCACUCGCACGGAACGCCCACCAGGCCGCUCGUCGGUCUCUGGCCGCCCGGUCUACCCAGCAGCGCACCUUUGCUGCUGCUGCUUCGUCUGGAGCCUUUGAGACGUCGGACAUUUCUGGCCUCAAGGUUGCUUCGCGCGACACUCAGGGCCCUGCCACCAAGCUCGCUCUCGUUUCAAAGGCUGGUACCAGGUAUCAGCCUCUUCCCGGUCUGACUGUUGGUCUUUCCGAGUUUGCGUUCAAGAACACCCAGCGUCGCUCUGCCCUCCGCAUCACCCGCGAGUCUGAGCUCCUCGGUGGCCGCCUCUCUUCCUCUCACACCCGCGAGAGCCUCGUUCUCGAGGCCAACUUCCUCCGUGCUGACCUCCCCUACUUUGCCGAGCUGCUAGCGGAGGUUGUUUCCAUGACCAAGUACACCACCCAUGAGUUUCACGAGGAGAUUGAGUCCGUUCUGCGUGUCAAGCAGGGUAUCUUCUACAGCGAUGCCGCUGCCGUCGCCCUCGACAACGUCCACGCUGUCGCCUUCCACGGUGGCCUUGGCAACUCCGUCUACCCCAACCCCUCGAGCGCCGACAAGAAGUACAUGAACGAGGAGUACAUUGCCAGCUUCUCCGAUGCCGUCUACACCAAGCCCAACAUAGCCCUGAUUGCCGACGGUGCCGUCCCUGAGGACCUAGCCAAGUGGGUUCCCCAGUUCUUCAAGGACGUCCAGGUCGAGUCCCAGUCUGGCCAGAAGUUCGAGUCCCAGGCCUCCAAGUACCACGGUGGUGAGCAGCGCUUGAGCCACGCCAGUGGCAACUCCAUCGUCAUUGCCUUCCCUGGUUCCGCCUACACCGGCCCCAAGCCCGAGGUCUCCGUCCUGGCUCAGCUCCUGGGUGGUCAGUCUACCAUCAAGUGGUCUCCCGGCUACAGCCUCCUGGGCAAGGCCACUGCCGACAUCCCUGGCCUCUCGGCCUCGGCCUCCAACCUCGCCUACUCCGACGCCGGCCUUCUGGCCAUCCAGCUGACCGGUUCGGCCGCCUCCGUCCGCAAGGGUGCUGAGGCCGCUGUGAAGGCCCUUGAGAGCGUUGCCAACGGCACCGUUGCCAACGAGGACGUUGCCAAGGCUGUCGCCAACGCCAAGUUCAGCGCCUUCGACGGCGAGCCCUCCCUUGAUCUCGUCGGCUCUGGCCUCAUCAGCACUGGCAAGGCCUUUGAGUCUGCCGCUCUCAUCAAGGGCAUUGAGGCCGUCAACGCCGACAAGCUCAAGGCUGUCGCCAAGGCCCUCCUCGAGAGCAAGGCCUCCGUCUCGACUGUCGGUGACCUCUUCGUGCUGCCGUACGCCGAGCAGCUCGGCCUGAGGGUGUAA